UGUGUUCAGACAUGCACCUGACUCAUUACCAGGUUAUGAAAAGUUUAAGACUCAAUAUUGUGUUUAUACAAGGAGGUCAUACAGUAAAUUCUUUGAUGGAUUUCUUCUGGAAAAUUCUCGAAUUUCUUCGGAAGAUACAUCCCCCAGAAGAAGAUUCUCCAAAUACUAGUAUCUGCUCCAGGGGCACAAUGACAGAGUCAGAGAGUGGACCAGUAAAGAUCAGUGAAGGGAAAGCGGAGAUUUUGUUUACCACACAAAACGAAGUAUUCUACAACAAAGUCCAGGAACUGAACAGAGAUUUCACAGUCACUGCCCUCACUACCUUUGGUAAACAUGUCCACGCAAAUGACCGUAAGAUCCUAAAACGUGCCAGGCAACUGAACGAUAACGAUAACAACACAAAAGCACCAGGACUGAAAGUGCUAGAAGCUCUGGGAGCAACAGGACUAAGAAGUGUUCGUUUCAGUAAAGAACUGGGCUCCCUAGCUGGUCGUAUCACCUGCAACGACGUGUCACCAGAGGCAGUCAUAGCCAUGAAACGUAACAUCGCUCACAAUGAAUGUCAGAACAUAACCGCCUCCACAGCUGACGCGUGUGUCCUCAUGUGUACCAAUAAGAACGAGUUCGAUGUAGUUGACCUUGAUCCGUACGGGACCCCGGCCAUGUUCCUAGACACGGCCGUGCAGGCAGUGAGGUCUGGUGGUUUGCUCUGUGUCACUGCUACAGAUCUAGCGGUGCUCGCCGGUAACCACAUCCAGGCAUGUUACGGCAAGUACGGGGGAAUGCCCCUGAAGAGAGUCUACUGUCACGAGUUUGCUCUGAGACUUUUGUUAUCAUGUGUUGAUAGCCAUGCUAACAGACACGGCAGGUAUAUAAAGCCUCUGUUUAGUUACAAGGCUGACUUCUACGUGAGGGUGUUCGUGCAGGUGUUCCAGUCACUAGGGGAGGUUCAGAAGACAAGCUCCAGACGUAGUUACGUAUAUGACUGUGUGGGUUGCCACGCCUUCCACCUCCAGAAAGUGGGAGUACACACUCCCGGGACACAACAAGUGGCUCCGGGGCGGGGUCCUCCUGUCAGCCCUAACUGUGAGGAGUGCGGGAGAAACUUCUACAUCGGGGGACCCAUCUGGUCUGAUCCGAUACACGAUACUGAGUUCCUGGGCCAGAUGAAGGAGCACCUGGCAGGCGAGGGCAAGUACCUGGGAACUAUAAAAAGAAUGACAGGCAUGCUGACACUGGCUGAAGAGGAGCUGCCGGAUAUUCCGCUGUUUUACGAGCUCAGUACCUUAAGUAAAACAAUUCACUGUACAUGUCCCCCGCUCGCCAUUUUCCGUUCUGCUAUCCUCAAUGCUGGGUAUCGGGUUUCCCUGUCACAUGUGUGCCCCAAGUCUAUCAAGACUAACGCACCACCCUCUGUGGUUUGGGAUGUUAUGAGACGUUGGGCACUAGAUAACGGCGCUAAACUGAGGGAGCCUGACACAGUGGCUGGCAUAUUACUCCGCAAACAGCCCACUUUAGCUGUAGAUUUUACUCUUCAUCCCCUGGCUAAACAGGACCCCGAUGUGCUGAGGUUCCCUCCUAACCCUGAACCUCACUGGGGCCCCAAGGCCAGGGCUGGUAAAAGAAAACCUGACUCACCUGGUGGCGAUUCAGGUGCUAAAGCAAGGAAAACACCUAAAAAGGAGCCACUUCAUGAUCUGAAACUGUUCAGCUGCAAAAGGUUUGAGAUGAAUCAGUGUGAUUUAGGGGAUAGUUGUAGGUAUUCUCAUAACACAAAAGAGAAUAAUUUAGAGAAUGCUAAUACUGAAGCCGAGCUCAAUAAUUCUAUGGUAUCAUCAGAAAUAUUAGGCGAAUCAGUUACGUCUGAUACAGCUUCCUGAAGUCCGGUAACUUCUAGGUAAAUCCUUUUAACUUAUUUAUGGUUUUAUUAUAUUUUUUGACUAUUUUAGUUGAGUUUCUUAGAGAUUUGAUUGUUAACGCGUUAUGCUGCUGGUAACAAUGUUGUAACCGACGUUUUUAAACUCCUAUUUCCUACUUUCGAGAAUUAUAUUGGGCUUCCAGACACAUUUUUAUGUAAUUUAUUCGUUAAUUUCUAACUUUGAUUAA